AUGUCUGUCGCCGUCCACCGCCCGGCAUGGCAGACAGACGAACUCCAAGAAGAAUGGAUCGACCUCGAACCCGAAGGCGAUGAUGCCGACGACGACCUCACCUAUGGCACCCAAUCGAUAUCCCUCACUGCCCCGCUCAGCACCCACAUUCAUACUCACAGUGGCAUCGAAGGGAGCGCAACGCCAUCACAGACGGGCACAGCUCGUGCAGUAGGAACAUUUGUCUUGCAUGAGGAUGCCCCAAAUGCAUCGAUGCCGUUUUUACCCAAAACACCAGGGAGAAAUAACAAGAAUGGAAUCAAGGACUUCUUCACGCCUCUCCCGCUUGAACGCAUGUUCGACCCACCGACUCCCCCUGUUGCAUCGCUCUCGAAGACAAGUUCGUCAACGGCCAAGUCACUGUCGCCCCCGCAAUCGGCAAUCUUGAAGGCUGGGGAGGACACGGAAGAGGUCGCGGAGGAUGAAGACGAGAUUUUGGAGACCGACAUGCCGAACAUGCGGUCUUUCAACGGGAGGAGACCCAGCAUCGCGUGUCAAUUUACCUUCGCUGUUCCGAAAGGCCUCAGUCCCAACUUUCCACAGGCGCAAAGUACCCCGCAUCCACCGGCCAACCACGGCCUCUCUGCCCCCCCUACAGAUUCGCGUCUGCGACUCUUCCAGUUCCAGUAUGAUACCUACACCCGGGAGCAUCUCUCUGCCAUGGUCGACUCAAUCGCUGUCAACACACCUUCAGGGAGUGGGACGACGGCCACCCCACCGAGUUUCCAGCAACAGCUGUCUCGCGUCACUGAGCGAACGUCCGACACCAGUCAUCUUCGCAGCGCUAAGCGCCUCAAGCUCAGUCCAGCUUCUGACUUCUAUGGGGAGGGUGCGGGUGCGGGGGCCGUGAUCAAGAGGCCACCCUUGACCGGGAAGGACUAUGUCGGUGAAUCGCGUUCCCUCAUGGAGAAGAUCAAACAGGCGCGCGAUUUCUCAACACUCUCAAGCGUGGCGAGCGCGAAAUCUUCCCCAUCGACAGAAUCUAAAACCGAUGUCGAAAACCCACUCAAUCCUGAGCAAACGGGAUCCAAACCUGAUUCCGCGAGGCGAACCUCUGCUUACCUUGCAGUACCCGACAACAACAAGGGAGGGUCAUCGACACCCAGUUCAGUCACUUCCAAGUCAAACUCCUACUCUUCCUAUCGGUACCGACAGAACGCUGCUGCACUCAUGGAACAAAUCAAGAACGACAUGAAGGGAUCUAAACGACUUUUCUCAGCCGACACCGACACAUCUGUCGGAACGUUUGACGAUCAAAAUGAGUCCUAUAAUUGUUCUGCAGUUUCGACAACACCAGCGCCUCGCCCCCGUAACUCGGCGGAGAGGGAGAAUCGGAGCCCCAGCUCACAGGCGCGCGGUCAUCGCCGGACUUCCUCCUCCAGAUCUCAUGGCUCGCGGACAAACCAAAGUCCGAGCAGGGUGUUCAACCGGUCCACCCACGACGAAGUGAGCCACCGACUCUCGCGCCUAUCUUUAGCAAAUGUCCCAACAAAUGCUUCCAAUCCGCCAGAGGCAGAACCCCGUCAAGGUCGUCCUCCGUCGUCUCUCGCUCCACCUUCAUAUCCUUCGGCUUCUGUUCGCGCAAAUGGGAACGAAGACCUGAACCGUUUCGUGUCCUCCAGCACAGCAUCAGGGACAACGCUUACAGCGGGAAGUGCUCCUUCCUUCACCAAACACGCCGGUCCCCCUCAUUUAAGGACCAUCGCUCCAACUGACCUUCCGCCGAUGCCGGAGAGGCUAGGUGAUAUGCUUUUCGACAAGGUUAUGAUGAAGUGGGUGAAGAACACGGCGCAUGCGACUGGAGACCCGGAUAAGUCGGGCAUCUCCCAGGAUGAUUUGAGCGACGAUCCUUUUGGAGACAUCGAGAGCCUUCGUGACGACUCCGGUGGUCAGGAGACGAGAUUGGACGAGGAAAGGAACGCACUAGAAGUUGCGGAAGACCACGAUGCACCUAAUGCCUCGGUGGCUGAGAUGGAUGAAAUUGAGGAGCGCUCGGAAGCCGAAGACCAUGAAGAGUUUGAGCUUACUAGCUUCUCGACUGAUGCUUCGAUGCACGUAGUCGAUAUCAUGACGGGAGUAGACUCCACGGGCUACAACGACGGUGACGAGACCACCGACUCUGAGGACGACGAGCUAGACGGUACAGUGACAGCGCAACCUGUCCCUGUCGUCGACUACGAGUCCGGUGAUGAGGACCUUAGCAUGAGGAGCCCCCCUCCGGUUCCCGGUGUCUCAAUUCAGACAGCACCUGAACAUCCGCCACACGAACCUAUCACUCAACUUAGCACGCCCAACCGACACAAUAGGCAAACCCUUUCGACUACGCCCAUCCUUCGCUCCGCUCUAAAGAGUGGUAGCGCAACACCUACAUCUGCCCUCAAGGGCAGCCGUGGUCGACAUCAGACGCCUAACCAAAGCGGUAUCCAUCGCCGUUCCGUCAGCUUCUCCGACGGCAAGCUGGAUGGACCGAUCCAAGACUUAAGCGGUUCGACUGAUACGGAUUCAUCGACGAGCCAAGCAAUUGGCGUCACACCCAACAUUACCCUUCCAUCCGCUAGGUCAAAACGCAUAGCCGACAUGAUGGAAGCUCUAGCCAACUCCGACUUCGACGAGGAGGAUUCACCUUCCAAGACGAGCAGCUCUGGAAGGCCGGAUGAGCUUCGCCCUCUAGCAGAACGAAUGCAAGGGUCCACAUCGAUCCAGAGCGGUUCUCCGCGUGAAGGUUCACGUCGCGUCUUUUCCCGUUCCCAAACCCACCGACCCAGCCCCAGAAGAGCCAAGUCAUCCGAAAGAGCUAAUGCAACCUUCUUGACGGAGUGUUCGUUCGGUGUUGCGCAUGACCGAUUAGUGGAGGUGAUCACAGAUGUUCAGCCAUUUGAACCAUUUUGGGAUCAACUGGGUUCAAUCGAUCUAUCUGGCAAGAAACUUGAGAGCGUGGCGCGUCUCAAGGAAUUCUUACCGCGUCUAGACUCGCUGAAUCUCAAUUACAAUGAACUUGCGUGGUUAAGUGGGGUGCCGGCCACUGUUCGGACGUUAUCUGUAGCGUCCAAUAGUCACCUGCUUAACAUCGAAAACCUUGAUAUCAGCCAUAACGAGGUGGAUUCAUUACGGCAGCUCGAGUGUUUGCGACAUCUAAGGGAACUCAAAGCUGACGGGAACAAGAUAACCAGCGUAGACGGGCUUCAGCGCAUGGAUGGCCUCGUAAAGCUCAGCUUGCAAGGAAACACCAUACAAUCUCUAGAUCUGGCCCAGUACCGAUGGACCCGGUUAGAGAUGCUGAAUGCUUUGAUUGCGGUAAACCUAGACAACAAUUCGUUGCGCAAGGUUGACUUUGGGAGCGGGAUGCCCCGUUUGCGCAUCCUGCGGCUCAGUAGCAACAAGCUGACCGAGCUGACUGUGUCUGCUUUGCCUAAUCUUCGCACGCUGUAUGCGGAUAACAAUUCCCUCACCAACCUCACCAAGGUGGAUCGGCUCACCAAGUUGGAAAACCUCUCAUUGCGGAAUCAGAGCGGACGAGUAUUGUGA